UCAUCAUUUAUUUAUUUAACACUGGCUCACUCUGAACAAUGCCGUGUCCGUUUUUUUUAUGGUGAAUGAGGCAGAAAGCACAACCCUCCGCUGUCGGUUCAUCUAAUUGGCCAGUACGCCUGUCAAUCAACACAGGCUUCCAUGGUAACUGAAAGCACAGCUCCAGUCCGGUUUGUCAGAGGAGUAAAUGAGGAGCGCGCACGGCAGACAGCCAGUCACUGACUGAAUAUUCAAAAUGAGCUUAUCACUCGUCAUAUUUGAUAGAAUAUUAAACUGUCCGGAUGAUUCGAACUCUUCUGCCGUCAAACAGUGAUAUUUCUGUCGCACGAAUGUUUUCUGAAGUCGUCGUUCAGCGUUUCAUCGUUAGUGUAGUUUAAUAUCAGUGUGCCGCCGUGUGUGAAAAGUUCUCUGGACUUCAGCUCGAACGACCGCUCCAAUUUAAAACGACGCCAUGAUUCCCGAAUGUCCACGCGCCGGGGAGUCGAGAAGCCGUGCCCGUUUCCAGCACAGCCCGGCAGCCGAACCGAGCCAGAACCGCAGCGCCAGCGGCUUGUUGUCCGAAAUCCAAACCAGCGUGAACAGCGAACCUUUCACCGACCACUACACCAUCAUCCCCGGGAAAGAGCUCGGCAGGGGGAAGUUUGCUGUGGUCAGAAAGUGUGUGGAGAAAUGCACGGGUCACGAGUAUGCUGCAAAGUUCAUGAGGAAGAGACGGAAAGGCCAAGACUGCCGGAUGGAGAUCAUCCAUGAGAUUGCCGUGCUUGAGUUGGCCACAGCCAGCUCCCGGGUCGUCAACCUCCACCAGGUCUACGAGAUGGCUUCUGAGAUGGUGCUGGUCCUGGAAUUCGCGGCUGGAGGUGAGAUCUUCAACCAGUGUGUGGCAGAUCGGGAGGACGAGGCCUUCAGCGAGGAGGACGUGAAGAGGCUCAUGAGGCAGAUCCUGGAGGGGGUCUCCUUCCUCCACCAGAACAACGUAGUCCACCUCGACCUGAAGCCUCAGAACAUCCUGCUGACCAGCAGCUCUCCUCUGGGUGACAUUAAGAUCGUGGACUUUGGUCUGUCCAGGAUGGUCAGCAGCCACCAGGAGCUCAGAGAGAUCAUGGGAACUCCGGAGUAUGUUGCUCCGGAGAUUCUAAAUUAUGAGCCUAUAAGCACAGCAACAGAUAUGUGGAGUAUCGGUGUUUUGGCCUACGUGAUGCUGACAGGAAUCUCUCCAUUCCUGGGCGAGGACAAGCAGGAGACGUUUCUCAACAUCUCCCAGCUCAAUGUGAGCUACACCGAAGAGGAGCUGCAGCAGCUGGACCAGGCCGCCGUGUCCUUCAUCCAGACGCUGCUCCGCAAACAACCACAGGAUCGGGCCACAGCAGAGCAGUGCCUCAAACACCCUUGGCUUCAUCAGUCCUCAGAGCCUCAGGAAACCCAGCCGGUGGAGGAGAUCCUACCAGCGGAGGACCAGGCAUCCGGCUCCACCACCAGCAGCUCCACCAGUAGCCCUGAACCUCCCGGGAGCACGACUACAGCUGAGGAGGACAACGAAGAGGAAGAAGGGGAAGGUCCGCUGACGGAGGAGCUGAUAGUCAUGGCUGCCUACACCCUGGGUCAGUGCCGCCAGUCCUCCGCCUCCACCUCAGAGAAGGAGGUCCUGGCUGCCGAGCAGAAGGCCAUCUCCAAACGCUUCAAGUUCGAGGAGCCCUUCAGUGCCCUGCAGGAGGUCCCCGGAGAGUUCAUCUACUGACCCCACCCACCACACGACAAUACUGUCUGAGGAGGAAGAGUUAGUGUUGUCAUGGUAACAAACAUAGGCCUUCUGAUUAUACAAACUCCCCUCCAUAGAUACUGUGUUUGUAUAAUCAGAUGCUGUUCCACAGUCGAUCUGAUGUUAUUUAAGCAGCUGGGUUUUAAGUGCAUUUUUAAGUACCUGCUCUCGUUUUUCUCCCAUAAUGCAUCACCCAAGUAGCCCACCCCCUAAAGCACAAUAGGUUCAUGUCUCUUGUGUUUCAUUUGGUUUGCUUUUGUUUGACCCACCCACAUCUCUACCCUAAACAUGAACAGUUUGACACACUGAGAUAUUUCCCCAAGUUCCAGUAGAGCUUAGAGAAUUUGAGAUAUUGAUUGAGAUUGAAAGUUGAUUUUUGAACAGUCUCAUCACAAAGUGUUUGUGGAGCUUUUGAUCAGGUCACACAGGCUUCUUCAUGUGGAGUUUGUCCAGUUUUAUUAAAAAAAAAAGAGAAAUAACUUAAAAGUUAUAACUAAAAGGCCUCUGCUGAAAGAGAUUGCGUGAUUAUCAAAAGCUCCAGAAGCUACUAAAUGGACCAGAAUGAGCCACUAGACUGACACAGACAGCACACAAGUGCUUGAGUGUACACACUGUAUGAGAAUAUGUAUUCUCUUUACACACACUCUGAGCUGUACAUUGUGCUCUGGAUGAGGAGGUUCUGAGCCUUUGUGUCAUUCAAUACAAGCGUUUAAUAAUAUUAUAAUAAUAAUAAUCUUCAACAUUAAAUAUUCAUGACAUGUAGAGCAGCAAUCAAACUUAAAGUUCAUUAGUUGUUCUAAGUUGAACAGUCAUUACCUCAGCUAACCUGUGCGGUCAGGACUGUGAUGGUGUGCUUUGAUUGGCGUGGUCCGGCAGUUUAAUCUAACAACUUCACAACUGUCAUCACAUUUAGUUUUAAUGAAGAGAAAUCCUAGUUGGGGCUGUGGAUGCAUUAUAUGAACUGAGACAGAGUUUCACUCAAAGGUCCAGUGUGUAAGAUUAGAGAGUGUUGACAGAAAUGGAAUGUAAUAUUCAUAACUUUGUCUUUAUUAGUGUAGAAUCACCUGAAAAUGAGAUUUAUGUGUAUGUUGCUGUAGAAUGAGCGGGUCCUCUUCAAUGAAGUCCGCCAUGUUGAACCACCAUGUUUCCACAGUGCCCAGAAAGGACAAACCAGACACUGAAGUUUCACAGCCACUGUAGUUUCUCCAUGGUUAAAACAAGAGAUCGAGGUGAGGGGUAUUCUACAAAUUCUACACACUGGACCUUUUAAAGGUGGAGUAAGUGGUUCAAGAGAAAUCCAAAAGAAGCCAGCAGACCAGCUCCAGACAACACUCACAACUCCUCUGCCUACAGCUAACAUCACAACAGCAAAGUGAGCUGAAUGUCUGUAUGCAACGUCUUUAACCUUUAAUGCUCAUUUGAAGGGCAGGACUGUGUACAAACACCACAUUUAAACACAGUCCUGUAGACUUGGAUUAAAUCACUUACAUGUCCUUGGAAUGAAAACUGCUCGCAGAGCCAAAAAGCCUUUUCUGGCUUCCAGGUUUACUUGGCCGUUGUGAAGCUCUCUGAGCAUGCUCGUAGACUUUACAUUAGACGUCACAUUUGUUUAAGCUCUUUUCUCGACUCUGUUAAACCUUCCUGGUUUUAGUUGGAGGUGUCCACUGGCACCAUCAGACUGUUGACAGGACAUCACAAUUAGAAAUGUUUGUUCAUCACUCAUAUUAAGAGAAUUGUUUUCAGGACCUUUAAUCAGAAUGAGGAUGUAUGAGUCAGGCUUCAGUUCUAAUCCUGAUCCAGCAGUUUGAGCUCAGCUCUUCUGUGAGCUUUUAGCACUUAGAAGGACAUGAUUGAACCACCAUGUUCUGAUUACGAGGCGAAGGGCAUUCUGGUAGUCCAGACAUUUACUAAUGAAGACACAGACAAACAAAGUGAAGUCGAGAGAAACAGACAAACGAACUCCUUCCACAGUCAGUGGGUGAAUAACACACACACUUUGAGCAGUAACUCGCUUUCUUUCAUGAUUUUUGGAUUCAGUAGCCAAGCCUUCAUUUCAGUCCAUUUCCUCGUCCAUGCUGCUUCCCUCUGACCAGAGCCAGCUCCCGAUCUCUCACCACGUUUGUAUACUGUCUGUUUGUGUAUUUGGUGCCAUGCAUGGAGAAAUUAUUUGAUUCUUUUUUAAUUAUUAUUAUUAUUAUUUCAGGUGUUUCUGUUGAAUAUUGCAGAUAUCUCUGAGAGUUUUCUCACUCUGUGUACAUAAUGCCAUGUGUUGUUUUGAAGAGGUCCAUUCAUCAGUACUGUUUAAACUCUCACUUUGCUGACUGACAGCGUGGUUCAGGUCUCUCUGAUGCAAUAAACACAAAUGAUUUGAAACUGUACAUGUAGACACUUCCAGUGGGUCUGUACUGUAAAUUUAUGUUUAUGAAACGAUAAGCUCUGUUACUAUGGCAACAGAUUUGUACAUUGAUGUCUCGUACUGUAAAUAAACAAUUAAA